CAACUCUGAGCUUCUGUUCUUUGGUGGUGCCGAGUUGAUGAGCUGGUUCUGGUUGGGCUAAGUUAUAUUAAGGUACUUUGACCAUGAAUCAUCCAAACCUCUACCUUCACUUUCUCCUGUUCAGUGUUGCCACAUGUCACCUUCAAUCUGAAGGAAGCACAUGGAACGGAUGCAUCAGACCACAUCAGCAGUAAAUAUGGGACCACCCAGGCACAUGAAAGGGAGAUAAUUUAAGAGCAUAAUAUUGUUGCCUUAAAUGCCUAACAAUGACAACCAGACAUUUGUUGAUGUCCAAAUGAUUUGGUAUUUCAAUGAGACUUGGCAGACAACUAAUGACCAAGGACCACAUUCUGCCUCACUUUUUAGCAUCUAGUGUAUCUUAAGAUUUUGUUUAGAAAGUUAAUCUCAUCAUAUCAGCUAGCAUUUCAAUAGAAGUUAUGCAUAAUGUGGCACUAUAGAUUUUCAAUAAAGCACUCCUCGUAAUUAUUCUGUGAGAUUAUUCAUAUAGAAAUUUACUGCAGAAAUCUCAUGCCAAAGAGAAAACAACAAAGAUUACAAGAAAAAAAUUCUUGCUUUAUGUUCUAUUGAAGUUCACAAGGACAGAGAAACUAAAAUAUAUUACACUAUACAGUAACAGAAUCAAAUAUUUUAAAACUUAUUGGACAGGCAUACUCAUGUCACUUGUUGUUAAUCAGGUUUACAUCAUAGCAUUAUCCCAGCCGAGUCAGAAAUUUCAAGUAAUUAAAAUUUUCUAAUGACAGACUUCCAUUAUUCUGUAUCCGAGUACAGUGAAACAUAAAUCAUAGAGAAUCUAAAGAAACAGUAAUGAUUGUAAUUAUGAAUGUGAUUUCCAAGUUGUAAGGAUCUUUUGAUUCUAAUUUUAUCAGCUACAAAAAGCAUUUAAAAUAUUUACUGGAAAAGAAAUAACCCCCCAAAAUUUGUUACAUCAUAUCCACUGAGUGAAUACACAUCUCUGUAUCUAUGUAUCUAUCUCGGUGCAUUAGAGAGUUGAUAGGUUCUGCCCUACGAAACCAGACGAAAUCCAUCAUGGUUCUUUAAAUUCACCUACCAUUUCACAUCCUCCUUUGAAACCUGAAAAUCCAUCGCUAUCCAAGUUCAUCUACCAUUUCAUAUUCCUUGGUAUAACUUGGUCAAGGAAUAUUGGAGAGUGAGGGAUGGCAAGGAACUCCCAUACAAAGAAUAUCACCAAGAAGAUGGAGGUGGAGGCGCACACGUUAAAUACAUGUCAACUCUCAAGUGUCUACAUCAAUCAUGUUGCCAAGCAGCUGGGCUCUUCAAGACCUGAAGAUCUCAUGGAAUCAAAAUCUAGAGGCAAGGCAAGUUUUAGUGAAAUUUCCCAAGAUCACUCCAAGAAUAGGAGAUACUUCAGUGGAUCUCAACAAGAAUCACACCCAACAUCAGUAAAUUCUCCAAUACCAAAGAAGCAAGUGCGAAGGCGACUCCAUGCAAGUAAGCCUUAUCAAGAAAGAUUACUUAACAUGGCAGAGGCUAGGCGAGAGAUUGUAACCGCCCUUAAACUUCAUAGAGCUACCAUGAAGCAUGCAACUGAGGUGCAAAAAUUCCAGCAGCAACAGCAAAAUCCAACACCUUCUCCAACUCUAGAGCUAUCUCCAGCAGUGUUAGAAGAGAUACAGAAGGAGUUGAAUGAGAAUAGGAUCAACUUUAAAACUCAUUUAUUCAAUUACACCUUUCCUACCUACCUUCAGAAUACCGAAUUGUUACCCUGUAAAUUCCAUGCUUUCCCUUGGAUUUAUCCACCUAUUACCACAAUACCUGUCCACGAUAAACUCAACAACCCUUUCUUUAAUCAUCCAUUAGGCUUAGAUUUAAACCUUCAAUGUUUCAACAAUAAAAGCAAUCCCUUCAGCGACAAUCUUUGCUGGGAAUCCACAAUCCAGCCAUCAUCACAGCCAACUUCAUCUUCAUCAAACUCUCCUAAUAGUAGCAUACCAAAUUUCCAGACCUCCUGCCUCUCAAAGAGUUCCUGCCAGGCCUCUUGUGAUGCACUUGACCGUGCAUCAGGGGCAUUCCAUCCAAGGAUGGAUCCUGAUGAAAUUGCAGAGAUCCAUUUGAUCGGGGAGCAGCAUGACAUGGAGUGGAAUGACAAGAUGAACAUGAUGACAUCAGCAUGGUGGAGUAAACUCCUAAGAAACAUGGAUGGCAGCUUUUGUGAGAGUGCAGGAGGAGAGGAAAUGGAUUCACAUGACGAGGUUUUCAACAUGCUAUCUUGUUUGAGUAAUGGAGAUGCUAGGAAGUCUUGCCUCUCUGAGCAACAUAUGUGGAACUACUACAACGAAGAUAACUACCUUCCUGAUGCCACAUUUCCAUGGUAACAUGGAAUUUGAAUUUAGAGGACAAAAUUCAUAAACAUUUUAGUAUUAUUUUCAUACUGUUAUAUGGACCCUUCCCUUUUAAAAUUGUCUAGAUUUCUAUGAAUUCUAAGAUCUUGCUAAUAUAUGUAGAGACUGAAGUCUAUGAAGCCAUGCUUCAGUUAACAAACCAAAGCUUCAGCUAACCAAGAUAAUAUGACCUAGAAUGAUGGGAAUUUGAAGAUAUCAUGCCUUGUAGACUGUCAAUUAUUAUUAGAAAUUUAGGAAGAAUUUGAUAGUCAAUCAUUGUUACCGUGCUACAUAGAACAAACAAUUAGGAAUAGUCUUUAACUCUUUCUUUUCGUG